UGGACUCCUCACACUGCAGGUCGCAGCUGGUAUAUGCGGCACUUGGAUUUGGGAUGGUAGUGAGAGCUCUUCAUUGUUGCACAUCCCGCUUUAUAUUAGCUCCUUACAUUGAGCGGAGGAGGAUGAAAGACGAUGGUGAGCAGGACGACUGACGUUAAGUGACGGGAAAACGAAGUGAAUGAGUGUUGGUCCUUCAAGUACAGCCAAUGGAAUCAGACAUCAUGCCCUUACACUCCUCAUCUCCUCCACCUCUGGAUGAUGAUGAGGGUACAAGCUCAGAGGAAGAUGAGUUUGGGAACUUUGGGGGUUUCCCAGUUCCUCUGCCCUGCUCUGCUUUUGGCUCUGCUGAAGCAACAUCAGACCUCGAACAGCCUUCUCCAACGCCUAAGCCAGCCACCCUACUGCACCCUAACUGCAGCUUUAAUCACCAAGUUGCACAACCCCAGCCCACAUCCACUGUGAAUUCAGGGUGCAGCAGUGACCAGAUGCAUAUUGAAGGGCAGCAUUCUAAUGCUGAAUCUUCUUUGCACCUCACGAAUGGAUACUCUGAAAAAGACUGCACCUCUGGGGUCCACAAAGCCUCCAUAUUGGGUACCUCCUCUCACACAGAGGAAACCGGAUUUGCUGAUUUUUCUGUGUUUACAGAGCAGCCAGCACACCCAUGGUGCUGUGGCUUCUCGCCCAUCAGUAGUGCAGAGUUGUGGGAUGGCAGAAAGGAAGUGACAAACCUUUCCACCAGAUUGAGUGAACAACUUACUAACCCUGGACAGGAAAUGAUUAUGGACUCUGAGCCCAAAUCUUACUGUGCAUAUAUGUCAAAAGAAAAUAUUUGCACUAAGGUCAAGCACUGUGAGAAAAGAACAGGUGUAAAAUCAUCUCAGGACUCUAGUCAGGCUCAGGAUUUUCCAUCUGAAGAGUCUCAUCUUGGAGAGGAAGAAUUAAGCAACCCAGGGGAAAAUCAGAAAGAGAGAAAGCAUAGCUCCGACGUACAAACCUCAGAGGUGGUGGAGGGAGAAUCUGAAGACGACAGAGACGAGAAAGAGAAGAGCACUUCCACUCUUUUUCAAACAGCCAGCAUGUAUGAGUCUGCUACUGAAGACAUGGCAUCACUUAGUGAAGACUUAUCAAUGGAUGAACCCUCUGAGGACUUUGAACCAAAUGUUUCUUCACUUGCUUCACAGGAGAAUCAGACUGAUAGUGAAGAAGAUGAUGAAGAAGAACUAAGAAAUUAUAGGCUGUCCAAGUCUUUUUGCAAGAAUGACAAUUGGCAAAAUCUUACAUCAUCUCAUCCUGAGGCUGAGAGAGGUUUUUAUCAUCAUGACCAAUCUACAUCUCAGGAAUCCUCUGCUACCUCCAUCCAAUCUGAAUCCAAUACAGAAGAUGGACUCUCAGACUUUAGAUGUGGUAGUUCUGAGCAUCACAUGCAUCAAGACCAUGUGCAGACAGUUGACGCAGAGAUGCACAGUCUAGGAAGCCUCCCGCCCAGUGACAGCUUUGCUGACUUCUGUUCAGCACCCACACAGGAGGAUGCAGAGGAGGCGUGGGCGACAUUUCAGGACCAGACAGCCCAGGUGGAGGAGGAGUGUAAAGAGCAAGAAAUCCAUGAGGAAGAGAAGAACUGGGCAGAGCAGUACACUGGGUCUAGGAGAAAUAGCUGUCAGGUUUCACUGUGUCGAGUCCAGCAGCUCCUUCAGGCUAGUUUCCCAGAGGUUGUGACGUCAGCGGAGGAAUGUGAAGAUGAGGUGCUCAGACUUGAUGCUCUGCUUCAUGCGCAACAACUUCUUGACCAACAGAAAGAGGAAGGAACAGGACUGAGUUCAGGGGCUCAAAGGGUUCCUGUCAGUACAUGGUGGCCACAGCAGGACAUCCACAGCGCAGCUGGCCUCCAGUUUCAGUGGGGUGGUUCCCAUACAAACAGGAUUUUGCUUAGGUGCCUUGGAGUGGACACAAGGAACAUUGUGUUUAUUGGCAUAAAAAAGCAGCCAGUGGUUGUGCCUGCAUUUGCAUCCAACCUGGGACUGCUUGAGCCCACCAAAGACUCUGUGGCAUCUGUCUGUUCUCCAGAACACACAGUGGUCACACCACAAGCACCUACAGGACCCCAGGAUAGACCAAAUGCCCCAUCAGACUCAAUGCAGUCAUGUCUCCAUUUAGGAGGGGCCCCCUUCCAGCCAGCUGAACUGGAGCAGCCGUGGCCUUAGCAGCUCUCAGGACGGUAUGUCCCCUCGCCGGACCCCCCACUUCUGGGGUCGGAAGUAGACUACCAGCCAUCCCCUGCGUGGUGACCUUUAGAUUAUGCUCUGAACUCUGCUCUCUCCAGGGCAUAUUCUGCCUCUUUUUCAUUUUUGGCUGUGUUUCCCCUUGUCUUACUCAGCAAGAGUAUAUUGCACUAACAGCAACAAAACAAAAUACACAACUAGAAAGGAUGUAGACAGAUACAAUCUGGAAUGCAUAUGUAUGCCAGAUGUGCAGUUGUGUACUGUAGAAACAUUUUUCAGAUCCAGUUUGUCCAAAACAGCUAGAGGGGAAACACUGUACCAGUAUCCUCCUCUGUCCCUCUGCUGUCGCAUCUUUAACUGCAGAAUUUAUCUCAGUAUUUAUUGGAAAUCUGUCGUGAUGUGGGAAGCAUCAACAGUAUGUUGUGUAUAUCCUGAAUUGCUAAAAAAUGAAAGCUGCUGAAACCAAGACUUCUGUGCUUCUUCAUCAUUCCACAGUAUUUAUUUGAACCACUGCACACCCUGAUUACUCAGGCUGCAGCUGCAAAACAGUACCAACCUGUAUCUAAAUAUAUCCUUUUACUUUAAUCAAAAGCAGUAUUUUCAACCUUCUCUGUUGCACUGAAAUCCUCCAAGUGAGAAGGACCUCAGAUCAAACUGGCUACCUCAUCUGCCCUCAGUCAAUUGAUGCUGAAUUAACGAGAUGAUGGUGCUCUGUAUCACUACCAGUCACUUAACUUUGUGGAGCUUGGGUAAAUGUUCAUGCAGUGUUGAUUAAAAUGAUGUUUGUUGAGUCAUAGACAGGCAUGCUGCCCAUAGUGCAACUGCUCUGUUGUGUCCUACUUGUUUCCUACUUAUUUUAUUUAUUCAUUUUUCAUGGUAUUUGCUAUGCCCUCAGUUUUUGGUAUUUGAACUAUCAAUAUAAAAAGUUAAUCCAAACUUGCUGCAUUGAUUUGAUAAAAAUCAGAUUUGGUACAGUAUUGGUACAGUAUUUUAAUAGAACUGUUUUGUUUGCAGUCUAUUCUACAUUUAAAAAGUGUUACUACCUUGAUACCUGUUUGUUUCCCAUAUACUAAAACCUGUGUAGAAAAGAGCAAAAGAAAGAUGAAGAAAACACAAAUUAGCAUGCUACCGUGUCCUCACUACUUAAAAAAUAUAGUACACUGCAGGAGACACAAUGCUAGUCAAAAUAAUCCAAACAUUGCUGCUGAGGACAAAUAUCUAAAUAAAGAGACUAAUUACUCUAAGUAGGAGUAUGUGUGACACUUGUUGACACACGUUUGCUGAUGCUGGCAUAUUGAUUUUUAUUUUUUUAGCAUGCUGAUGUUUUCAAUUGCUAGCUUUUGGUUUUGGCAUGCAAGCUUAUACAGUGUUGUUACUGUGGAACGAAAAAAGAAAAUAUAGAACGAGACAAUUUUUAUGUUGCAGAGAAUUUAGUCUUGUGAUUGUUUACAUUAAUGUUUUAUUUUAGUGGUUGAAAACAUUGCUCUCUUUCCUUUCAGUUUUAUGUUUCACGGUUUUGCUCCGCUCAUCUAUAACAACCCAAGCAAGACAAAUGUUUGGUGAUAAAUUCAUUCAGUGUAAAAGUGUAAUAAUGCAGUAUGUACAGCAGGUGGCAGUAUACUCUGUAGCCUGAACAGUGUAUAUACCUGAAUUUUUCACUAAAGUCACACAAAAAAAUCACAAAAUCUACACAAAGAUAUCAAACUGUCAAAUUGUUUAUUUUUUAAUUUAACUCAUUUUUUCAGCUGUGAAGUCUUCAUAGUCCCCUUGAAGAAUAAGAUAGUUCAACAGCCUUUCAUUGUUGGAAUGUGAGAGAAGAUGGUGACAACUACAAAUGAGGGGAGGCUGCUCCAUUAUUUACUGCUGUCUUUCAUGCUAUUUUUUUUCUGAACUGAAGCUUCUACUGUGUGAGCAGGGGAUAAAUGGGUCUCACAAAAGACCUCAAAAAGGAGAAAAACCUGAAAUCUAACAAUUAAUCAGUAAUUUAUAAUGCGUUGUGCCUUUAUGCCAGCAAUCGUUUUCAAAGUGUUUUUCAACUGUAACUUCGGACCUAAGGGUUUUUUUCUGCUCAGAUCCAGAUUUAAUGCACUGCAAUAAGCACCUGUGGGAAAUCCUUGUAAAUACUGAAAUAAAUCUACUGAUUUCUUUGGCUUAA